AUGAAUGAAAGCCUUAAUGAGAACGACACCGGCUUCUCUCUUCCCUGGAUCCAGACCAGCGAUGUCAACGCUUCCCUGGAGUUGUCUGCUUUCUUCUCCAUCUUCACCAUCAACCCAUGGGAUAUUAUGUUGUGCAUCUCUGGGACCAUCAUCGCCUGUGAGAAUGCUAUAGUGGUGGCCAUCAUCUUUUACACCCCGACACUGAGAACCCCAAUGUUUGUGCUCAUCGGAAGCCUAGCUACUGCAGAUCUUCUGGCCGGCUUUGGCUUGAUCCUGAAUUUUGUGUUUCAGUAUGUGAUCCAGUCUGAGACUAUUAGCCUUAUCACCGUAGGGUUCCUGGUGGCCUCCUUCACUGCCUCUGUCAGCAGCUUGUUGGCCAUCACGGUGGACAGGUACCUAUCACUCUACAAUGCACUGACUUACUCAUCUGAGAAGACCAUCCUCUGGAUACAUCUCAUGCUUGUGGUCACCUGGGGGGUGUCAGUAUGUUUAGGACUUCUUCCAGUGCUGGGCUGGAACUGCUUAGAUGACACCUCUUCUUGCAGCGUUGUCAGACCUCUGACCAAAAGUAAUGUGACUCUGUUGUCCACCUCCUUCUUUUUCAUAUUUAUUUUGAUGCUGCAUCUCUACAUAAAAAUCUGCAAAAUUGUGUGCAGGCAUGCCCACCAAAUAGCACUGCAGCAGCAUUUCUUGGCAGCAUCCCACUAUGUAGCUACCAAAAAGGGGGUCUCUACCUUGGCCAUUAUUCUUGGGACAUUUGGGGCCAGUUGGUUGCCUUUUGCUAUUUACUGUGUGGUGGGAGACCAAGACUAUCCCUCUGUGUAUACAUAUGCCACACUCUUACCUGCCACUUACAACUCAAUGAUCAAUCCUAUCAUCUACGCCUAUAGAAACCACGAAAUACAAAGAUCCAUGUGGGUCCUCUUCUGUGGCUGCUUUCAAUCCAAAGUGUCCUUUCGAUCUAGAUCGCCCAGUGAUGUUUAA